CGCGAUUUGGAAGCGAGAAUAUUCGAGUCAACCUCGUUUGCCAGAUCCGGAAGUAUCACGUCGCCCGCGAUACUCUGGCAAACAUUCUCGGACACGCCGGGAUGGAACGAGAGGUGACCUUGAACGCCUUUCGAAUAAUAAAUUCCAGCUUGCUCCGGCUUCCCGCUAACGAACAGGAGUUGAUCAUGCCGGCCAUCAUUAUCGAGUGGCUGGUCGAAAGCUUUGAACGCCUCGUCAUGUAUAGACAACUAUGCCUGUCUGACGACUACUUGGUAAGUCGUCACAUCGCAUUGCAGAGCUAGUCCAAUGAUAUUAAUCUCGUUUUGGCCGUACACGAGGAAAGAACUCGCCCUCAACGAAUAUGCUUAUUGUCAAAGGGAAUCACGGUUUGGUGCUACCGAGUGCAUCAAUGCGUCGUCCCGGGCUGAGUACUGGGGACCGAAAGACCUGACCGAUAGCACUUUACCCAGCAUCCGUCAGAGCCUGGAGAGCCUGGAGAAGAAUCUUAAAGCCGUUAAGGCACUUGCGGUGAACGAACAACUUGGGACGCCAGCAGGAGACUUACCACUGGCUCCGGCAGAAGGGUACGAUGAAGAUCCUGUCGCAGUUAAUAAAGAUGGUAUUGUGCUCCAACAGAUUCAUAUUCUAGUGGGAGUCAGGAUCACUCGAGCCCAGAAUAAGGAUUUCAGAACCGGCCCCCAGGUAGCAACUUCUCGGGUCUCGCUCUUUAUUGUUGUUCUUUUCGGGCAUAUUUCAUGGAGGGUCGCUAUCUUUUCAUUAAAUUUCCAGUUAUUUCAUCAGUCCUCUUCUUUAUUGCUUGUCCAUCUGUGCAACAUCGAGUCAACCUUAGAGAUAUUUUUGUUGAAUAGACGAUCAAGAUAGCAUGUCCCAGCAGUUAGGUGUCUAUCAUUAUCUCAGCUUGUUAGUUGUCGGCGAUGUCCUGCAU